CAAAGUUGUGCCAGUGCGCUCCCUUCUGAACGAUCGGGAAUGCGCCUUCUGUUCGGGUUGGCGCUGGUCGUUUCGGGAGCAGCGUUGCAAGCCGCGGGUCACCGACCGCUAGCACCUGCGUUCGGCCGCUCGCGCUUGCGCCCGGCAACACUGUCAGUCGUCGACAUCUACAGCGUGGCCGACGAGUGGGUCCGGGCGGCGCCGUACCAGUCGGCCUUCUGCAUCACCGCGUUUAAGGCAACGAUCGCGGAUUGCAUCACGCAGGCGCGCGAGCUGGCCGCCAUUGAGGCGGAGCCGGAGGCCGGGAUCGUCUCUUGCGACGACGUGUCUUGCGAGGUGCUGGAGCCUUCCGAGCGGCGCGGCUACUCGUGGCAGCGGUCGCUGGCCUUCCUCCUCUACGGCGGGCUGUACCAGGGGUGCACCCAGUACUACCUCUUCAACGACCGCUACCCGCUCUGGUUCGGCGAGGGCGACGACCCAGCGACCGUGGCGGUCAAGGUGGUCUUCGACCAGCUCGUGCUGACGCCGCUGCUGUGUCUACCUGUCCUCUACCUCGUCAAGGCCGCGGUCCUCCGCCGCCCGCUGCGGGAGGGCUUGCGCAGGUACGUCGAGGACGCGCGGCGCGACCUGCUGCUCAAGUACUGGGCGCUCUGGACGCCCGUGCAGUGCCUCACCUUUGGGGUGGUGCCGCCGCAGUGGCGCGUGCCCUUCAUCGCGCUGGUGAGCUUCUUCUGGCUCCUCGUCCUCAGUUCCAUCUCGAGCCGCGGCGACCUGGCGGCGCCGCCAGCCCCCGCCGCCGACCCGCAAACAACGAGAACGAUGGGCGGCGAGUAGCCUAGACGCUCUCUAGCGUGUAUUUUGUGUGUUCGAAUGCCUCUUCUACUUAGUUAGCUUAGCUGUUGACAUAUGUUGUUGUUGUACGUACAAGAGACUGCCCAGGAGAAAA